CCCGCCUCUCCGCGGCCCUGGAGAGCUGCCAUUCGGCCGUGGAGGCGCUCCGCGCUCCCAGAAUGCACCGGCAGUCCGCGGGAAACCAAAAUGGCGAAGGGCUGUAGCGAAGUGGGCUGUGUUUGAGGCCGGUGUAAGAACGCUCACUCUACCCCUAACCCUCGUCCCCAAGGACCUCGGUUUGUGCGUGCGUAUGUGCGGGGUUCCCGGUGGGGCGGGUGCCGUGUAAGUGCCCGGAGUCGCAGGGGAAGCGCCCACAGGGACGUGAUUGGUUAUUUUUUUCCUGUAUGAAGCGGUUGGCACCACUGAAGUGACCGAAUGAGCUGCAAAGUGGUACUGCGUGGGCUAACGAGUAGUGGCAAGGGUACUGGAGAAAUGGUGUGGUGGAUCUGUCAUGGCUGAUUGGGGUUACCAGCGAAGAGGAGGGAAAUCGCAGCAGCACAGUAGAGGGAUGAAAGUUCCUACUGGGGAGGUAUGAUCAAAAAUAUGGUGAAUGCUGCUGCUCAGUGCUGCCCAAUGGAAAGAGACUCUACAGGGGCAGGUAAUUCACUGGUCCACAAGCGGUCUCCUUUACGUCGAAACCAAAAGACGCCAACAUCCUUGACCAAGCUGUCUUUACAGGAUGGACAAAAAGCCAAAAAGCCAGCAUGUAAAUUUGAAGAGGGUCAGGAUGUCCUAGCUAGAUGGUCAGAUGGCUUGUUUUAUCUUGGAACUAUCAAAAAGAUAAACAUAUUGAAACAGAGCUGCUUCAUCAUAUUUGAAGACAGUUCUAAAUCCUGGGUUCUCUGGAAGGACAUUCAAACAGGAGCCACUGGAAGUGGGGAAAUGGUCUGUACAAUAUGUCAAGAAGAAUAUUCAGAAGCUCCCAAUGAAAUGGUUAUAUGUGAUAAAUGUGGCCAAGGGUAUCAUCAGUUGUGUCAUACACCUCACAUUGAUUCCAGUGUGAUUGAUUCAGAUGAAAAAUGGCUCUGUCGACAGUGUGUUUUUGCAACAACAACAAAGAGGGGUGGUGCACUUAAGAAAGGACCAAAUGCCAAAGCAUUGCAAGUCAUGAAGCAGACAUUACCCUAUAGUGUGGCAGAUCUUGAAUGGGAUGCAGGCCAUAAAACCAAUGUCCAGCAGUGUUACUGCUAUUGUGGAGGCCCUGGAGACUGGUAUUUAAAGAUGCUACAGUGCUGCAAAUGUAAGCAGUGGUUUCAUGAAGCUUGUGUGCAAUGCCUUCAAAAGCCAAUGCUAUUUGGAGAUAGAUUUUAUACAUUUAUUUGCUCUGUCUGCAGUUCUGGACCAGAAUACCUCAAACGUCUACCAUUACAGUGGGUAGAUAUAGCACACCUAUGCCUUUACAACCUAAGUGUUAUUCACAAGAAGAAAUAUUUUGAUUCUGAACUUGAGCUUAUGACAUAUAUUAAUGAAAACUGGGAUAGAUUGCACCCUGGAGAGCUGGCAGACACACCAAAAUCUGAAAGAUAUGAGCAUGUUCUGGAGGCAUUAAAUGAUUACAAGACCAUGUUUAUGUCUGGGAAAGAAAUAAAGAAGAAGAAGCAUUUGUUUGGGUUGCGAAUUCGUGUUCCUCCUGUGCCACCAAAUGUGGCUUUCAAAGCAGAGAAAGAACCUGAAGGAACAUCCCAUGAAUUUAAAAUUAAAGGCAGAAAGGCAUCCAAACCUAUAUGUGAUCCAAGAGAUAUAAGCAAUGGAAUUGAAAAAAAAGGAAAGAAAAAAUCUGUAGGUCGUCCCCCUGGCCCAUAUACGAGAAAAAUGAUACAAAAAACUGCUGAGCCACCUUUGGAUAAGGAAUCAGUUUCUGAGAAUCCUGCUUUGGAUUUACCUUGUUCCAUAGGGAUAACUGAGGGAACUGCACAUUCAUCUAAUACCUCAGAUAUGGAUUUCACGGGUGCUUCCAGUACAAAAGAAACUACCUCGUCUAGCAUUUCCAGGCAUUAUGGCUUAUCUGACUCCAGAAAAAGAACUCGCACAGGUAGAUCUUGGCCUGCUGCAAUUCCACAUUUGCGUAGAAGAAGAGGUCGUCUUCCAAGAAGAGCGCUCCAGACUCAGAACUCAGAAAUUGUAAAAGACGAUGAAGGCCAAGAAGAUUAUCAAUUUGAAGAACUCAACACAGAGAUUCUGAAUAACUUAGCAGAUCAAGAGUUACAGCUCAAUCAUUUGAAAAACUCCAUUACUAGUUAUUUUGGUGCUGCAGGUAGAAUAGCAUGUGGCGAAAAGUACCGAGUUUUGGCUCGUCGGGUGACACUUGACGGAAAGGUGCAGUAUCUUGUGGAAUGGGAAGGAGCAACUGCAUCCUGACUGUAGGACUCAAUAUUAUGUUCACUGCACUCGUUUCUGUAGGUCCUUUUCAAAGUCCUAAAGGAGCCUGGCUUUUACUGUGUUUCUUAAAAAACAACAACAAAACAAACAAAAUAUUCACAAAAGAGAUGAUACUAGCCUUAACAUGUACUUGUCAAUGUUAUGGAUAUUGUCAAAAAAAGAUAUCUUUUAAAAAUCAGAACAGAGACUUAAUUUUUUAAAUUGUAAGAUUUGUAGAAUGUUUCUAGGAUAGGAUAUUAAAAAUGAUUCAAACCCAUGCAUGGUGUUAGAUAAUUUUUCUAAUUAUUCCAUUGAGUCAGUUUUUGUGAUUAGUGGUUAUCAGAGCAAACAGAUCAUGUAGAUAGCACAAGUAUUUGGAGAAGCAUUGUCUGUUUUGUUAUACCAAAAUGUUGGGAAAAAAAAUUUAUUUCAAUAUACCUUUUAGAUUUCCUAAAGUGCAGUGUAUAUAAUGCCUACCGAAAGACUGUAAAAUACUGAAAUUUUCUUUCAAGCAAAGUGUAAAAAAUAUAUUGAGCCUGUAAAUUGCUCUGUGACUAGACUUCAUUGUCGUCUUAAUAUAUUCUUUGCAUGUACAUAUAUAUACACAUAUGUGUAUAUAUAUGUGUGUGAUUAUGUGACCUAUGCAAUACAAAUUAUGGGAAUGGGCAGCUUUGGAGUAUAUAUCCCAUAAUUCUUUUUUCAGGAAUAGUUGCAGUAUUUACACAGCAGCAUUUCUUCUCAGGCUUUUAUUGGGUGCUGUUGCUUGCUAUGUAUGAAGAGAAAUGUGUCAGACAAGUUUAGUGUGUACUGAAGAAGGGUGUGAACAACAGUGUUCAUGGGCUUUUAGAAUGCUUUUCACUUUCAGUCCUUGUAACUCAGCUGUUCAGUACCUAAAACAAAUUCAAAUAACAACAUUAUUUCCUACCAGAAGUAACGUUUUCAAGUUUUCAUGGCACAUUAUGAUUGUAAAUGUCUCUCAGUUUUAACAGUAAGUCUGUGGGAGUCAGGUGAAGAUUCCUGAAAUGUCUGUAGUAACUGUUAGUCAUGUUCAAAUUAGUAUGAACAAAGUAUUUUAUUGCACAGGGUUAACAAACAGUAUGUUGCCAGCUGAGGCUUCUGCUGUUUUAUUACAACAUUACCUCUUGUUUUUAUAAAAUGUACCAAGAUUUAAAUUGAUAACUUUAUUUUACAUGUUUAAGAAAAGAACAGUUUCUUUUAUCACCAGUGUUAGAGUUGUCUUCUGUUUCUUUUUGUUUUGUUCUGUUUUGUUUCUUAGCCAAAGAGUAAACAGAAGAAUAAUUCUUAUUUUGGUGGCUAUACAUUUUACUUUUAAAAGUGAUUGGUGGAUUUUAGACAAAAAAUUGGUAAAUUUGCUGCCAAAAUGAAAAAUAUGUAAGGAGUAGCGAUGACAGUGGUAAAAAUGUGGGUUAGUACUUAUUUAUUCCAUUAAUUGAUUAUUUGACUGUUUAUAAAGAAAGUUGCUUUAUUUCUUUCCACAUCUUCAAAAGAUGACUUUUUCUUUUCACAUUAUAGCCAAAAGAAGCAGAGAACUUCAUUGUCCUGCAUUUGGUUCCUGGUUUACCAGGUAUAAAUGAGCUUUACAAAAGUGCAAAUUAAAAACUGUCACUUCUGUUUACCUCCACCAAAACUUGAUUUUCCCCUAGCUAUUAAUUUAAAGUUGCCUUUCUUGCAGCUGCAAUAUUUUGAAUAACACACAGAGUUUGUGUUGAUUUUUGAAUGUUUGUUUAUAUCUAGGGGUAAUGGAAAAUGUAAAUCCCGUGUAACUUUUUACACUCCACUUGUAUCAUAUUAUUUCAUUUUCCCCAAAGUCCUUUAAUUCUAACUGAACACCAGCAGUAUUUUUCAGUAAUCUCUUUCUUUACCAUACUUGGAAUACGAUUAAUCAAGCUGAACUGUCUUUAGACGUAAUUAUUGUGAAUGUCUGUUUUAUUUUAUCAUGGUGGUUCACAUGGCUCUGAUGUUCAGUUUGUAUUUUUGGAAUUGCUUUACUUAGAAUUAAAACAGACCAACAUUAAAUGUGUGUAUUUUUUAAAGAGCUAAUGAGUUUUGCUUCUGUAUUUGCUUGAAAAUACACACUAGUAAAGUAGUUGACUGCCUUUAGCUAGGGAGGUAAGGACUUUCUGAUUCUCCUGUUGAUAGGUUUUCUUCAAUUACUGUUUAGAAAACUUUGCUUCUUUUUCUUCUUAUCCUCCUUAUAAUAAUUAGUAUUUGCUACAUGUUCAUCUUAAAUGGUCUUUUAAAAAUAAGAUAUAUUUAUCUAGCUUGCACUUUAUAUUUGAAAGACAGUGUAUCUGUCUUUAAAAAAGUUUAGAUUUCCCACCAAUGUUUCUUUUCUUACUUAAAUACAAGGUAUUUGGGUUCACACAAAAGGAUUACCACCCAAAAAAACUUAGCUCCUAGGAAAGAAAAGAUAUAAAAAUAAUGUAUCUUAUUAAUUUUAAUACCACUGUUAUUCAAAACAAAUGUAUUUUUAUAAAUACUGUGAUAGUAAAUGAUGAACGUACAUUCUUAGACCCUUAGAUGACUAAAUGAGCAGAAUAUGAGUUAUUAGAAUUAUUGUCAAUGUCUAAUUCUAAUAUCAGUUCUGAUGUAGGGAUGAUAAAAGGUCUUGCUGUAUAUAUGUAUCUAUGUAUCUACAUAUAAAAUAUUUGUCAAUAAUUAGUAUUCACUGAAAAAGGUAGAAGGAUUUCCCAUCCCAAUUUUGGUGAUUUUGGUUUUUUUUGCGGUUAUGUUCUGGUAUUCAUAUUUAAUUUCUAUCAUGUAUAUAUUUACAAGAUUUAUUGGUGUUAGAAUACUUGUAUUAUGGGCUACUUUUUCAGACUACUAGAUACCUUAAAUUUUGAAUGGAACAUAAUCUGACUUAGCUAUUUUUAGCAGACUGUUUUGUAAUAUAGUUCUAAAGUUCUUCGAGAAUGUGGCAGAAGAUGUCCAUACAGUAUUGUGUGGGGAAAUGUUUCUUAAUUACACAAAAGCAACAAAGCAUUCCUACUCUCCCUUUUAGUUUAGUUUCCUCUGUGGCAGUUGAUCAGUCAUGCUCUUUCAUCAGGAAUAUAAAAUCUCGAGAGUUAAAUGUGAACCAAGUACUAUCUUAUCAUGAUGGUUUUCUAAUUUGUAGCAGUUAGGAAUCCAGGUACCUGUUUCUAUACAAAUUUAGAAGUAGAUAAUAUAUAAGCAAACUCAUUGAUUGUGUAAAACAAGUAGCUGGAAACCCAUACAAUACCGUAGUUGUAAUUCUUAAGUUGAAAUAUCAAAAUGUUUUAUAGUAGUAACUGCAUAAAAGUACUCUGCUAGAUUUGUAUUCAAAAUUAGAGUAAGAUUAAAAACUAACCUCACUUUUUUCCCCUCUUCUUCCCUCAUUUGUAUACAACAAAAUCCCUCUUCUUUUAGCUCUAUUUGCAUUUUCUCUUGUUGGUGAUAAUUAUGAGAAACUGGAUACUUAGUAAUUCAUUUCUCCAGUAUCUUCAAGGAAUAUAGUUUGUUAUUCAAGAGAUUUUUCCACUGGAUUUAAAUAAGCAUAUAAAACUCUCAAAGAUGAUAUAAAACGUACUUUUAGAUAAAGCACAAAAUUUAUUCCAUUCAAAAUGUCUGGGCUGGGGAUGCAGCUCAGCAGCACGGUGCCUGCCUGGCAGGUGGGAGGCCCUGAGUUUCAUUCCCAGUACCAAAAGACCCUAAACAAAUAAAAACAAAAACAAAAAAAAAGAAAACCCCAAGUCACCGGUCUACUUCUGCAACUUGUAUUUACUAUAAGAUGUUCAAUUCUCCUCCUCCCCUACCCGGUAACAGGCAUUCCCAAUGAAGGUGACAUUUAAAUGGGCAAAAGUUAGUUUAUGGGGAGCUUUAACAAAACCUUAGAUAAUGGUUUGUGGCCCCUCAUAGUUUAACAUACUCAACAACAAUCUUCACUGCUUGGUAUUUAAUUACUCUUAUGUUUUUUUAGGUAUCACAUGAGCAAAUAUUGAUAUUGAGUGCAUGGAACAGUCACAAAAUAAUGUGUAUAUUUUGUACACCUAGAUCAUUUUUGCAUAGGUGAGUGCUGUGAAACUGUAGCAGAUGGAUGGGCUUUUUUGGUGGACUGACAGGUUUACCUUGAAAACAUUUUGAGAGAUAGUUUGCACAUGCCCAUUGCCAUUUCUUGGAAAUGCUUGAUCCUGAUGCUGGUUUUGUGUAUAAUGUGGGCUUGACGAAUUAAAUAAAUCUAUUUUA